UUUCUAAACUCCAGCUGAUAUCAAUGCCUCUGAGCUCUGAGAAUAUGUCGGAGGUAGAGUUGGUGGAGGUUGCUAAACCCGAAGACAAUGAGAAAAACGAAAGAUGUUCUCAGCCCUUAGAUGAAGUAGGACUAAUUAAAAAUGAAUUUAAUAUUUGGAUCUUCCUCAAGAGGAAUGCCUUUGUCAUUCUCACAAUGGCUGCUGUUGCAGUAGGGAUUGGACUGGGCUUUGCUCUGCGACACAUUGACAUGUCUGAGAGAGAAAUAACAUAUUUAACUUUUCCUGGAGAGCUACUGCUGAGAAUCCUGCAGAUGAUGGUGCUUCCUCUUGUCGUUUCAAGUCUAAUUGCAGGCGUCUCAAAUGUUGACAGAAAAGAUUUUGGAAAAAUUGGUCUUCGGACCUUCAUCUACUACUUGGUAACCACUGUUAUUGCUGCGUUCACUGGCAUUUUCCUGGCGGUUCUCAUCCAGCCGGGGAAAUCAUCCAAGCACACAUCUGAGUCAUCUCCUACCAAAACACAAGCUGUGCACAGUGUGGAUGCUUUCCUGGAUCUGGUCAGAAACAUGUUUCCCUCAAAUCUGGUGGAAGCUUGUUUCAGAAAAUAUUUAACAGUUAAUCCCAGCAGUAAUUCAUCAGGAAAUACAACAGAAGCCACAAAUAUAUCAACAAACACACCAAAAGCGGGAACCUCAGAUGGCAUCAAUGUUGUGGGUCUGUUGGUGUUCUCUUUCGCCUUUGGCCUCAUCCUGAGCAGUAUGGGGUCAGAGGGGAAACCUCUGAGGGAUUUAUUCAACUGCAUGAAUAAAGCCAUUAUGCGUCUUGUUAACAUAGCUAUCUGGUAUUCUCCAGUGGGAAUCAUCUUCCUGCUGGCUGGGCAGGUUGUUAAAAUGACGGACGUAGCAGAAAUCGGUCGUGAUGUUGGCAUGUACACUCUGACUGUGAUCACUGGGCUGAUCAUCCACGGCUGCGUCACGCUGCCGCUCAUCUACGUUAUUGUCACAAGAAAGAAUCCCUUGAGGUUUUAUGGAGGAAUCCUCCAGGCUCUCAGCACGGCCUUUGGGACUUCAUCCAGUUCUGCAACCUUGCCUGUUACUCAUCGUUGUAUGGAGGAAAAUCUGAAGAUGGACAAAAAGGUGACACGCUUCAUGCUGCCUGUAGGUGCCACCAUGAACAUGGACGGUGCCGCUCUCUAUGAAGCAGUGGCAGCUUUAUUCAUAGCCCAGGUCAACAACAUGGAGUUCAACUUUGGACAAAUUAUUCUCCUAAGUUUGGUUGUCACAGCAGUAAGUACAGGAGCAGCUGGUAUCCCACAGGCUGGCAUGGUAUCCAUGAUGAUUGUGUUGAGCUCUACAGGACUGCCCACUGAAGACAUAUCACUGCUCCUCAUGGUUGACUGGAUUUUGGAUCGUUUAAGGACUUCCACUAAUGUACUUGGUGACUGCAUUGGUGUCGGAGUGGUGCAGCAUCUCUCCAGACAUGAACUACAGACCUCCAGUCCUUCAGAAACAAAUCUGGUGUUGGAAGAAAAUCCACCCUCCAAGAGCAUCAGCAUCAAAAUGGAAUGAGUUGCCUGAAGGAAGAAAAAAUG